AUGUUUGAAUCAAUUAUAAAUGAAUAUCUUGAAAGUGAAGCUUGCAAGAAUUGGUCAAUUAUUGCCAUUCUAGAAUAUAUCAAAUCAAAAUCUCGAAUAACUGCUGAUAUGAUCGAGGUCGUGAAAGAAGAAAUAUAUUCGGCUUUACAAAUCUUUAGAGACACUCACAAUGUUCAUGUUCAUGUGAAUGCAAAAAACAAAGCAAGAAGAAUUUUAGCAAGCUUUGAAAAGUCAUUUGCUUCAGUUGAUGUAAAGCUUUUCAUUCAUGAAUUAGAAUUACAUAAUGAAAGAAGGGAAUUUCAUCUUACAGUAUGUCGGAAUGUGACAUCGUCAAACACCUUACAGGCAUUAGAGCAACAUAGAUCAACCAGAAAAGCAAUUGAAGAAGUAUGUAAUACAAAUGUAGAUACAGCUAUUUCCUCUGUUGAUGAUGAAUCUUACCAGUACCAGGUUAUUGAAGAAGAAAACAGGUUACAAGAGAACAUUCACAAGCGGUCAUUUACUGAAUAUGAAACCAACAAUCUGCAUCCCUUUUAUGAUGAGUCAGAAUUCAAUAUUAAUAUAAUUUUAACAAUGGAAAAAUAUUGUAAAAAGCAAACAACUUCAAAGUUUGAUUUAGCACAUAACUAUAUUCUUGAUCUUACACCCAAGUCAAAAAUAGAGAGAUAUUUCGAGCCAGAAAUAUGGGCAAAGCUUAUAGCUGACCGGCCUGCUACAGCGAAACCUGAAUAUUAUAAGGAAAUUGAAUUCAUUUGUGAUCAUCUAUUUGGUCCCCCUAGUAAAAAGAAACGAUGGAAACUUAAUAAAUAUCGUGAGAGAUGGGCAAGUUUAAGAAAUUUAGAAAUACCAGACUAUGAUGAUGAUGCUCCUUAUGAAAGAGGAGAUUGGGAAAGGAUUUUAUAUUGGGCAGAACGUGCUGUUGGAUCAUUUCUUAAUGCUUUUGAAUCCGAGCAUAACCCUAUACAGCAAAAUGAUUGCGGGGAGAGAGAAUGGUUCGGAGGUUAUAUAGUUCCUAUAUUUGAAGGCGCCUUGACAUUAAACUCUAUUUGUCGUGUUCCUUGGGGAGAGGUUACAGUAAUUGCAACCAUUCGAAGAAAAAAUCAUGACAAAAAUGCGUUAGAACAUCAGGUUGAACGGGGCCAUCUAGCUGACUUUGUGUGUAAGAUCAACCAACAAGAAGUUGUCUGUGGUUUGGCUUGUGGGGGACCUCAUAAAUACGACCAUACAAAGUGGGAAUCUGAUGAAUAUCACCUUCCAAGGAUGCUUAAAGAUACAUUGGAUGACAUGCUGGAAAAUUGCCGAAGUAGAAAUAGACGCGCAUCAAAUCUUUAUACUAUUGGAAUUCAGCAAUAUAUGACGGAGAUACGAAUAUAUAUGAUGGAAAAACGUGACGUAUAUCGAUUCCACCUCUUAAAAUCGUUCAAUCUACCCCUCUCUCAUGCGUUAUUUAGCAACUUACGUUUUGCUCUUUCAUGGGCAUGGAAUAUUAAGGGUCUUGUCGAACGGCUAUCGUUUGAAUUAGAAGACGGAAUGAUUGUUUCCUCCAGAACUCCUGAACGCGAUCCGCCCGACGAAAUGAAGACUAAUACAACGCCGGAGAGAUCGAAAAAGAAGAAAGUUUGA